UUAUGUCUGUGGAUCUACUGCUGAUUUCCUCAGGCAGAAGACGACUGAAGGAAAGGUUUUAGCUAUUUGCUGUUUUUACAGAAAGAUGAAGACCCUGUUGGUGUUUGUGAUCCUCCUGCACGUUUCCCAGCAUGCCUCAAGUGUGAAGGUGCAGGAGGGAGCAGAGUUUGUCCUGCUGCCGUGUAAGUUUUUCAGUGUUAAUGUGAAAGAAUGCGCAGUUGUGUGGAGCCGGUCCGACCUCAACCCACCCACAGUUCACCUGCGUGAACCGGAAGGUGAUAACCUUCAGAACCAAAACCAGCAUUACAGCGGGCGAACAUCCAUGAAUACUGAUGCUCUGGAAACUGGAAACCUCAGCCUCACUCUGAAAAAUCUUCAACUGUCUGAUAGUGGCAACUACACCUGCACCGCCCGCAAGUCUGGUAUUGAACAGGGUCAGGCAACAGUGCAGCUGCAGGUCCAGAGGGCCACAGGUGGAGCUCGCAGCAGGGUCACAGUUCUCCUGGUUUUCUUGAAUUUGGCUGCUUUCUUAAUUGUGGGUGGAGGCAUGUACUUCAGACACUAUUUUGUGAAAGUCCCGCAGGUGAAGGUGGAUUCAGGGGUGGAGUCUGUUGAACUUCCCUUUAUAACCACAGUUCACCUGCCUGAAGACGCUACAGUGAUGUGGACUGACAGCUUUAAAAGGAUAGUCCAUGUGCAGCAAAGUGACUCUGACCAGCCUCAACAACAACAACACUGGUUAUAUACACACAGAACCAAGAUGAAGAGAAAACAGCUGACAGUUGCCAACCUCAGUCUGACUCUGAAGUACCCCACAGACAAAGACACGGACACAUACACCUGCACCGUCAGCAGCAGGGAGGGAAGCAUCCUGCUGAAGAAGCAAGUGAAGCUAAAAGUCAAAGGUCAGAGCUGA